CUGAGCUGAUGCUUAUUUCGAGAGAGAAAAAAACACGCUAGUAGAGGUCUACUGGAUUCGCGCUAGAAAAAAAAAAUAAUUUCGUGCAUAUUUUAAAAAUGUUCUAGUAAUCUAAAUCUAGCUAAGUUUAUUUAAUUAUCACUGAAUCAUUUCUGUUUUGUGAAUCAAAAAGUGUGAAAAAGAAAUCAGAAUGGGUAGUUCUACAAGCUCAGUUUCAUCAUUCCGUAGACUCACAAAACUAAGUGGGAACUUUUCUUUUUAUCAUUUACCAACGAUUCACCCCAAGAUCAAUUCUUUGGCUAUUGGUAGCAGUUGUAAUCACCGUUGUUUUAUUCAUAGCAAAAUAGACAAGAGGGAAAAUGCCAUUUAUUCAGAAGCUUGUUCAAGCCCACCAUUAAACUCAUUAAACCACAACAAAGAUAAUAAUGUUACAAAAUCUUUUUCAAAGCAAUGGAACAGCCAGAAGUUAGAUCUUCAACAAGUAAGAAGUCUGGCUGAUUCCAAUCAAAUAAACACAGAGGUUGACCAAUAUCGUAAAGGAAAAUUUGAUACCAUCCCAAAUCCAUCAGAUCUUGCCCAUUUCAGACAAAGUUCUAACAAGGACAUUGACUCAUCUGUUCCACAUCCAAAUGAGGCACUGAACAAUCACCCUCCUAUUGGCACAUAUGUUUUACCUCAUCCUAUAUGGACUGAAAAACAAGUUCACAGUGUGGAAAUAACUCACAAGAAGCCAGAAGGAUUUACAGAUAAUCUAGCUUAUAAGACAGUCCAGUUAUUUCGUUCUGCCUUUGACUUGUUUUCUGGAUUUAAAUUUGGACAAACAAAUGAAAGAAAAUGGCUUAAUCGAAUCUGUUUCCUGGAAACUGUUGCUGGAGUUCCAGGAAUGGUAGCUGCCAUGAUGAGGCAUAUGAGGUCACUAAGAAGGAUGCAGAGAGACCAGGGCUGGAUACAUACAUUACUUGAAGAAGCAGAGAAUGAAAGAAUGCACCUACUAACAGCCUUACAGUUGAAACAACCUUCUCUUCUCUUCAGAAUGUGUGUCAUAGGAUCUCAGGGUGUGUUUGUCACAAUGUUUGGUGUCAGUUACAUCAUAAGCCCUAAGUUCUGUCAUAGGUUUGUGGGCUAUCUUGAGGAGGAAGCAGUGAAAACAUAUUCUAAAUGUCUAGAGGAUAUAGAACAUGGUAAUAUGAAACAUUGGAAGACACAGCCAGCUCCAGAUGUUGCACUUAGAUACUGGAAGCUUCAACCUGAUGCCACCAUGAAAGAUGUCAUACUAGCCAUCAGAGCUGAUGAGGCUCACCAUCGAGUUGUCAACCAUUGUCUGGCCUCAUUACGCAAGGAUGAGUUUAACCCUUACAAACCUGGCCAAUAAUUUUGAUACUAUUUACAAGCUAUAACUAUGUCCAUAUGAAGCCCUGUAGUUCCUUGACUUGCUUUUCUAGAAGUAAGGCAUUUAAAUAUGAAUUAUGGUCUUAAAGAAAUGAAAAUGGAUUUAUUCAAUCAUCUAUUGGAUUGUAAUAAUGUGCAAAAUCCACAAGAACAUAGCAUAAAGACUAUUAAUAGUUUUGUAUGUUUCUGUAUCUUAUGAAUAUUGUUGUUAUUUUUUUUUGGUUAAGUUAUACAUUGACUAAGUAUACUUUAAAAUAAAUAUAUUUUAUGUCAUUUACUCACUUGGUUUCCAGCACUAACCAUUUGUUGUUGUUAUAUGGUGCAAAUAAACCCACCUAUCUAGUUAGGUCAGACAGUGAGCUUUUGUUUCUGAUGGAAAAUGUAGCCUGCUACUAGGCUAGAGUAGGAUUGAAGCAUAAGACCUUUUUCUUGUUGCAUUGCUUUCACUCCACUGUUUCUCAAAGAAAUGACACCAUAUUUGCAGGAACAUGUAAUUCAUCUUUCUUUUUUGGCUUUUAAAAAUUAGCAUUUUGAAAUCACUUGAGUCCAAGACCAACUCUCUUAAAUGUAAACAUACUCUGGUAUGUUACAUAACUCCUCUUGACCAUACAUGAAAUAUAA